AUUCCGCUUGGCAGGAACUGCGGUGUGAGACCAAAAAUGUCAGCGGUAGGUCAUUCUACUAAGAAAACAAAUUAACUCAGCUUUAUCGGUGACUUUUAUUCUAUUUUUGCACGAGAAAUAGAAUGGCAGCGCCACUAACGUGUUGCUGUGCAUAAAUGUAUUAUUGGGGACAUCAGGGGAGAAAAUUCACCUUUGACCCACACCACUACAACUUUGACCCCUGGAUACGACAGAAGAACAAAGUUGCCGAGUACGAGUCCCGGUUGCGUGAAGAGAAAAAAAAAAACACACCAUAGGAAGCAGGUUGCGGCGUCCCUCCCCUGCACCCAGAGAGAAGCUAGCCUCUGAUUCGGAACCACUGCCAAACGAAGAGCACAUAAAGAAGAUUUCAUCUGCGAACAUUCUUCGGGAGAACUGUGUGUUGGACAUCCUGGGAAGGAGAUGGACUUUACAGAGCACUCUGGGAAGGAGAUGGACUGUACAGAACACCCUGGGAUGGAGAGUGGCAGCAGGGAGACCCAGACAACAGACAUGGGCCUGCAGCAGGAAACAUGUGAUGUGAACUUUCCCCAACCUGACAACACAUCAACCUCACAGGUACAGGAGAGCAAAGACAAUAUGGCAAGGUAUGUGGUUGAAAACACCGGUGAGAAACUCUACAUGUGUGGGGAGUGCGGGUACAGGACAGCUAGGAAGUCUGACUUAUCCCAACAUAUGAGAAUCCACACAGGACAAAAACCCUACAAGUGUGACCAGUGUGACUAUUCUGCUUCACGUAAGUGGAGUUUGGAACAACAUGUUGCAAGACACACCGGUGAUAAGCCCUACAUGUGUGGGGAGUGUGGAUACAGAGCGGCUCAAAAGUCCGACUUAUCCAAUCAUAUGAGAAUCCAUACAGGUGAGAAACCCUACACGUGUGGGGAGUGUGGGUACAGGACAGCUAAGAAGUCCCACUUAUCCCGACACAUGAGAACCCACACAGGGGAAUAGCCGUACAAGUGUGACCAGUGUGACUAUUCUGCAGCACAUAAACACCAUUUGGACCAUCAUCGCACAAGACACACCGAUGAUAAGCCCUACAUGUGUGGGGAAUGUGGAUACAGAGCGGCUCAAAAGUCCGACUUAUCCAAACAUAUGAGAAUCCAUACAGGUGAGAAACCCUACAUGUGUGGGGAGUGUGGGUACAGGACAGCUAAGAAGUCCCACUUAUCCCGACAUACUAGAACCCACACAGGAGAAAAACCCUGCAAGUGUGAUCAGUGUGAUUAUUCUGCUGCACAUAAGUCGAGUUUGGAGCAACAUGUUGCAAAACACAGUGGUGAGAAACCUUACAAGUGUGACCAGUGUGACUAUUCGGCAGCACGUAAAUCCACUUUUGACAAACAUCUAGUAAAACACACCGGUGAAAAACCCUACAUGUGUGGGGAGUGCGGGUUCAGGACAGCUCACCAGUGUUACUUAUCCCGACAUAUGAGAACUCAUACAGGAGAAAGACCUUACAAGUGUGACCAGUGUAACUAUUCUGCUGCACACAAAUGUGAUUUGGACAAACAUCUAGUAAAACACACUGAUGAGAAACCCUACAUGUGUGGGGAGUGUGGGUACAGAUCAUCUCGAAAAAAUGACUUAUCUCGACACAUGAGAACCCAUACAGGAGAAAAACCCUACAAGUGUGACCAGUGUGAUUACUCUGCAGCAGACAGAACCACUUUGGCCAAUCAUCAAAGAAAGCACACCGGUGAGAAACCCUACAUGUGUGGCGAGUGCGGUUUUAGGACAAAUCGGAAGUUUAUAUUGUCGGUACAUAUGAGAAAACACACAGGGGAAAAACCCUACAAGUGUGACCAGUGUGACUAUUCUGCAGCACAAAAGUCGAAUUUGGAACAGCAUCUAUCAAAGCACACCGGUGAAAAGCCCUACAUGUGUGGGGAGUGUGGGUACAGGACUGCCUAUAGGUCUGACUUAUCCAAACACAUGAGAACCCACACAGGAUUAAAAAAAAACUACAAAUGUGACCAGUGCGACUAUUCUGCAUCACAGAAAUCCACUUUGGACCGACAUGGCAAAACAUACUGGUGAGAAACCCUACACGUGUGUGGAGUGUGGAUACAGGGCCUAGGGCAGCUCGAAAGUGCCGUUUAUCCGUACAUAUGAAAAUCCAUACAGGAGAAAACCUCUACAAAUGUGACCAAUGUGACUAUUCUGCUGCACAAAAAUCCUGCUUGAACCGACAUAUAAGAAUGCACACCGGCAGAAAAAGCUGGAUUUGCGAAGUAUGGGUACAGGGCAACUCAAAUGUCUAAGAAGCCAAGCAUAUAAGAACCCACAGAGGAGGAAAUCCAUAUAAGUGUUAUCAGUGUAACUUCUUUGCAGCUAGGAAAUCUCACCGUUAUUUUCUUUUCCUAUACCAAAGAAGCACGGAAACUAAACCUACGAGUGUGACAAAUGUACAGCAAACAGAUUUACCCACCUACAUAGAUUCUUGACCUCCCAUGGCGGGGUGGGUUUUCGGUGCGGAGGGAAAGGUAGUCAGGAGGUGGAAAUACGUAUGGAGGAAUAAUAAAAAUAGAAAUGAUGUAAAAUAGAUAAAUAAGAAUCCCUCCUAGAGUGACCAUUUUGACUCUACUUGUACCUUGCCCCGGUCCUGUGGUAAAGAACUCUACAUGAGUGGCAGACGUAUGUAAGCUGGCGAGGGUUAUAUAGCAAAUGUACCAAAUUCAAGUUGAUUAGGUUUGUUACGUAUAGUUUCAGUUCCUUGAAUUGGAUGUUCUCUUUUUUUUUUACAAAUGUCGGUGAUCAUAACAGCGUAGAAUCUAAACACAU